UCAGAUUUUUCUUCGUGAUUAUGUUUGUGUUAAUUUUUUUGAAUUAAUCAUUUUUUUAAGGAUUUUUUUAACAUGUUGGACCCCGUGGAGGUGAUUCCAAAACCAAAAUUUACGGUUGUGGGGAUUCUAACGACCGUGGAGUACCAAAAAUGUAAAUUUUACGUCCAAAGGUUGAUGAAGGGAUUUCCUAACGAUUACGAUCCGGCCGUUUUUAGACCGAUGCUUAACGUGCAAUGGAACGAAUAUUUAUGGAUGAUUCGGCGGACGAUAGGGGGGAAAGUUUGGACGUUAGAAAAGGGUGCUGUCGUGUUUUUAGAUAACCAAUUCAUCGGGGAUGAUGUGGCCUUGUUUAAUUUCGCGAUUAAAAAGGCUAGGAUGCGGGUUACCAAAGAUUUUCAUUGUUUGGGGGUUUUAGAAUUAACGGAUAUUUACAACAAAGCCGUUGAUAUAAAAAGGAAAUUCGCCUAUUUACAAGUUUCCAUCGAUAAUCGAUGCGUUGGGAGUUUGCUUUUUUUGCUUUAUUUCGAUCAAGUCCCAAGAACUGUUAGGCGAUUCUUAAGGAGGUGUAAAAGCAAAAAACGCGGCUUCUUAGGGAGACCAAUUCACAGGAUAGUAAAAGGAAGUUGGUUGCAAAUGGGGGGAUUUGAUUUAGAAAAUCGCCCAGUUCCGUGCGAGAAUUAUUUAAUCCCGCAUGAUAGAAGAGGAGUCCUUUCAACUUGCCACCAAGAGAAACACACAAACAACACAACCCAAUUCGUUAUUUCUUUAGAUCCAACGCCGUGGAUGGAUUGCAAAUACGUAGCCUUUGGCCAAUUAAUUCAAGGUGAAGAAGUAUUAAAGCGAAUAGAAUCAGUCCCAACCGAUUACGAAUCCCCCAAAAAAUCGAUAAUAAUCACAAAAUGCGGAUUAUUCACUUUAGAAUCAGAACCAGAUAAAGACGAGGAAGCUGAACUUGAUGCAUGGUUAGCCCAAAUUAACAAAGAAACAGGAAUUCCUGAUGAUGUAUUAGAUCCAAACGAUGUUCCAUCCGAUUUAUCAGUUACAAAAUACAAACAAGGGCUUUAUUGUUACCAAUUCGAUUUGGAACCUCAUCCAGCUCUUAAUAAAUGGUACCUUUAUUACGAAGCAGCUAAAGAGCCAAUAAUUCCUCCGACCAUCGUGGGCGAAAUAGAAGGAGAAUCUGUUUACGAAGAAACCGAUUCGGAUAUUUGGAGUUUUAUUCGAGAUUUAAUAACCAAUGAUAUUUUGAAGUUUAUUAGGGAGGGAAAUCCCUCGAUGGCCCAAGUACGUGAUAAAAUGGAUCUUUCAAAAGUAUCUCCGGAAGUUUUAAAAAUGGUUGAAAAUAUCAUCGAAACAUUACUCGCUACAAUACCUGAUGAUGGUAAUGAUCAAAAUGAGGAAAAUAUUGAAGCUGUAGGAGAAUAAUUAUGUAACUAAAUUGUUUAUUUAAAUAAAACUUUCAAGUACA